AAAAAGUAUUGGUCCAAAUAAAAACGACACGGGAAAGGAAAGGCUUAAAGGCGGUAUGUUUUGAACCGAAAGAGCUUGAGAGGACUUCGAUUUGUCUACGUAGCACACCGGAACCUCUGUGUCUGUCUCCUCAAAGCAGCGUCCCUUGAACCAGUUCAAUUUCAUUUCCUCCAAGUUUAUUCUGAAAUGGGUGGGUUACCAACAGACGAUACUUCGUCUACUUUAGCUUUGGCAAGUUCCCAGCAAAAACAUGAAACACCUAUCAAUAAGCCUGCACCUGAAACAAAGCCGAAGAAGAAAAUUUGCUGUGCCUGCCCAGAUACCAAGAGGCUGAGAGAUGAAUGUAUUGUGGAACAUGGGGAAGACGCUUGUACAAAAUGGAUCGAGGCUCAUCGUAUGUGUCUCCGAGCUGAAGGCUUUAAUGUUUAGUGCUAAUGCUAUAAAAGAUGGUUAAGUGACAAUAAAAAUGAUUUUGACAAUUAUCGAAUACAAACUUUUUGUUUUAGGAUACAACAUACGAGAUGAUAUCUCAAAAUUCCAGAAUAAUGUAAGGAAGGACACAUUCGUUUCUUGCCUGUUUUUCUAUCAUAUUGGAUAAUUUUAGUGAGCAUUUGUUGAAAUGUCAAAUGGAUGAUCCCAUUUGUUUAGCA